UUCAAACACAAAGUAUAUUCUAGUAUUUUGUUACAUUUGUUUUUGGUGACAUGAAUUCAAGUGAAGAAGGUGGUGGUGAUGAUAAUCAAGGUAAAAAAUGUUCUUAUGAAUGCACAUUUUGCAAAAGAGGCUUCACAAAUGCUCAAGCAUUAGGUGGUCACAUGAAUAUUCAUAGGAAAGAUAGAUCAAAGGCUUCAAAGCAAUCAAAUUAUUCUUCAUCAUCACAAGUUUCUAACAAAUUCUUCACUAAUGAUGAAGGUGUGGCUUUUCCUUAUGCUAAUUCAGAACAACAUAUGAGUCAAAACUUUGAUCAUGGCAUGUAUUUUCAACAUCAAUAUUUUCCAACACCACCACCAAAUAAUUACCUUGUUGGAAAUAAUUACCAACCUUCAAAUGUGCAUGGUUUCGGAUAUGAAUAUUCAAGAUCAUCAUCAAAUUGGUCUAAUUUGCAUUUGAAUCAAGAGCUUCAAGGUCCUAAUUUGAGUCUUCAAAUUGGUUCAAGUCAGCAUUAUGUGGAUAACACCCAUCAUCAAAGAAUUAAGAGAGGGAAUGAUGAGGAAGAAAAUGAAGUGGAUUUGGAGCUUAGAUUAGGCCAUGAUCCAUGAUUCAUAGUUUCAUAAUAUAUAUUAAUUUCAUCUUUUAAGGUUUGAUGCAUAGUUAGCUAGCCAGAAGGGUGUGCAUGAAAUAUGACAUUGAGGUAGAUAAUUAAAUUCUAUUACUAAUAUAGUUUCUAAUUAAUUAAGAUUUUCAGAUGUAAGAAUUAAGAAGAAUAUUAGGAAAAUUCUAUUUAUAUUUAACCUUGGUAUUGUAAGCAUCUAUCUAACAAUUGAAUUUGUGGAUAUAUAUUAUAUAGGAGUGUAUAAUUGAA